AUGGAGCAGCAUAAUGGCACAGUGACGGAGUUCAUCCUGUUGGGAUUCACAACAGACCCCAGGAUGCAGCAAAUCCUGUUUGUGUUGUUCCUUAUUGUGUAUGCGUUGACACUGAUGGGAAACACCACUCUCAUAGUGUUGAUCUGCAAUGACUCCCGCCUCCACACACCCAUGUAUUUCUUCAUUGGAAAUCUGUCUUUUCUCGAUCUUGGAUUAUCUUCUGUCUAUACUCCAAAGAUCAUGAUAACCUGCAUCUCUGAGGACAAGAGCAUCUCUUUUGCAGGCUGUGUGGCUCAGUUCUUCUUCUCUGCUGCACUGGACUACACUGAGUGUUACUUGCUGGCUGUCAUGGCUUAUGACCGCUACAUGGCCAUCUCAAAGCCCCUGCUGUAUGCUCAGGCCAUGCCCCUAAAGCUAUGUGCAUUUUUUGUAGGAUCUUCAUAUGUAGGCGGUUUCACUAACUCUGUUAUCAUUACCAAAGACACUUUUGCCUUGAACUUCUGCAGUGACAAUGUAAUUGAUGACUUUUUCUGUGAUAUCCCACCCCUAGUGAAGCUGGCCUGUGGCAAGAAAGUAGGCUCCCAGUCUGUGCUGUUCUUUCUUUUGGCCUCCAAUGUCAUUAUCCCAAUUUUGUUCAUCCUUGCUUCCUACCUCUUCAUCAUUGCUACCAUCCUGAGGAUUCGAUCCACCCAGGGCCGCCUCAAGGCCUUCUCCACCUGUUCCUCCCACCUGGUCUCUGUCACCUUGUACUAUGGCUCCAUUCUCUACAUCUACUCUCGUCCCCCGUCCAGCUAUUCUUUGGAUACAGACAAAAUUGUUUCAACAUUUUACACAGUGGUUUUCCCCAUGUUGAAUCCUUUGAUCUAUAGCCUGAGGAAUAAGGACGUGAAAGACGCUCUGAAUAAACUUUUGAAGUAA